AUGACGCGCGAGAUGCGGCACACCAGCCUACUGAAAGGCCUCCUGUGCCUUUUUGCAAUCCAAUUGCCUCUCGUUAAUGCGCAGGUCGCCGAGAUUGAGAAGGCCACCAACGACAGCCUGCUAUGGGGACCAUACAGGCCAAACCUAUACUUCGGCGUACGCCCCCGCAUUCCGAAGAGCUUGAUGGGCGGACUGCUAUGGUCUAAAGUUGAGGACUAUUCGAGUGUACAGAAUACUUUCCGACACACAUGCGAGCAGCAUGAGCUCGACGGCUACGGCUGGGACGAAUAUGACGUACGAAGUGGCGGCCGCCAGACCAUCCACGACCCUGCGAACAACAUCGACAUCACCACCGAGUUCAUCAAGUUCCCUGGAGGAGAACAUGGAGGCAGCUGGGGCGCAAGGAUCAAGGGCACGCCUCGGGAGGACGCAUCACCGAACGUCCGGUCAACGGUUGUCUGGUACAACACACUCGAGGGCCUUGGCAGCUUGGAAGUGGACGGUGCGGAUGUUGACGAGCCUGGUUUCAAAGGGGAUGUCACGCUCAAGGGCCAGACACCAGAACUCGGUGAAUUCGAGAUCACAGUUACUGAGGGCACAGGCAAGCACCCUUUGACCGGGCAUCCAAGCUACGAUGACAAGCCGCUGGAUCGCACACUCGUACACAGCGGGCAGGUACCCGAGGAGGCUCUCUGGCAGACCAAGGCGGUGCUCUUCGCCCACAUGAAGGGGCAGGUCGACCAGCUUGUGGCCAAAUGGGGAGAAGAAAACCCGCCUCCGCCUGCCCAGGUCUACACUAUCCAGAACUUGCCUGGCCGUGGAAAUAUGCACUUGAUACAGAAGGUAUUCGAGGGCCCGUUCGAGUUCGACAUCAUCUUCUCGUCUGCUUCCGCACCCACAAAGAUUACCUCGGAAGAUUUGACGCAGCAAAUUGGGUCCGUCACUUCGGGUUUCGCUACGCGCUUCGCCAGCAUCUUCAAGCCGCAGCCACCUUUCGUUAAGGAGCGUUACGAGGAAUUCUCCAAGUCACUUUUCUCGAAUCUAAUUGGAGGCAUUGGCUACUUCUAUGGCGACUCCCGUGUUGAUCGCUCAUACGAUUCUGCCUACGACGAGGACAACGAAGGAUUCUGGGAGGAUGCUGCGGAAGCACGAGCCAGGAACCAAGCUGAUGCGGUUGGUCCGUCAGAGCUCUUUACCGCCAUUCCUUCACGUCCAUUCUUUCCGCGAGGAUUUCUUUGGGACGAAGGAUUUCACCUGCUGCCCGUGAUCGAUUGGGACGCCGAUCUUACACUCGACAUUAUCAAGAGCUGGUUCAAUCUCGUGGACGAGAACGGCUGGAUUGGUCGCGAGCAGAUUCUUGGUGCCGAAGCCCGCAGCAAAGUGCCCGAAGAAUUCCAGGUGCAGUAUCCUCAUUACGCCAACCCACCUACACUGUUCAUGGUUAUUACGUCUUUCCUCGACAAGCUUGACGCUCAGAAGACCGAUUCCACCAACAAGCAACUGCUACACGAGAAGUCGUACUUCAUGCAACUAGCCAACCGUGAGGCUGCUCUACAGUACCUGCGUACCCUGUAUCCCCUUCUCAAACGCCAUUACUUCUGGUUCCGUGAGACUCAGGCUGGCGACAUCAAGAGCUAUGACCGCGAAGCAUUCUCCACGAAAGAAGGUUACCGCUGGCGCGGACGCACACCUCAACAUAUCCUCACCUCUGGCCUCGAUGACUAUCCUCGCGCGCAACCACCACACCCUGGCGAGUUGCAUGUCGAUCUCAUCAGCUGGAUGGGCAUGAUGACACGGGCCAUCAAGCGUAUUGCAAUCUACCUGGAUGAGGAAGAGGACGCAAAGGAGUUUGCGAAAUAUGAUGAGGCCAUUGUGCGCAACAUUGAUGAUCUGCACUGGUCGGACAAGGCUAAGACGUACUGCGAUGCUACUAUUGACGACUACGAGGAACACUCACUGGUCUGUCAUAAAGGUUAUAUCUCGCUGUUCCCCUUCUUGACUGGUCUCGUCGACAAGGACAGCAAGAGACUUGGCGCCAUCUUAGAUCUCAUCGAGGACGAGGAAGAGCUUUGGAGUCCGUACGGUAUCAGGAGUCUGAGCAAGAGCGACGAGUUCUAUCACACUGCAGAGGACUACUGGCGAGGACCAGUAUGGAUGCCCAUCAACUAUCUUGCGGUCUCCCAACUUCUCAACAUCGCGCAACAGAAGGGACCGCACCAGGAACGCGCCAGAAAAUUGUAUACUGAGCUCCGCAAGAACCUCGUCAACACCGUGUAUGAGAGCUGGAAGGAGACCGGCUUCGCGUGGGAGCAGUACAACCCCGAGACUGGCAAAGGGCAGAGGACGCAGCACUUCACUGGCUGGACAAGCUUGGUCGUCAAGAUCAUGGCCAUGCCCGACCUGAGCAGCGAGAGAGUCAGAGAUGAGCUAUGA